UGCCCCACGACCCGCGAGGAGAGCAGACACGUCCGUCUCGCUUGCCUCCCUCCCGCUAGGGUUCAGGCGAUGGCGCACGGCCGCGCCGCCGCCGUACGCCGCCCCAAGUCGUCGGCGUCCGCGGGGACGGUCGCCGAACGGAAGAGGAAGCGCGCCGCCGCCGCCGCCAAGACCGUCUCCCUCAAGAACCAGAUCCGCUCCACCGAGCGCCUGCUCCGCAAGGACCUUCCUAAUGACAUUAGGGUUGCUCAAGAGAAGAAGCUGGAAGAACUGAAGCGGCAACAGGAGCUUCAGAAUCAAUUGGCUAUUCAGCGAACAGUACAACUGAGAGAUAGAAAGAUAAAAUUUUUUGAGAGGCGAAAGAUUGAGAGGUUGAUCAGGCGCCUUGAGAAGCAACAACGUUCAAAUGGCGAUGAUGCCAGCAAUAAACUAUCAAAAUUAAGAGAAGAUCUUGAGUAUGUUAGGUUUUUUCCAAAGAAUGAGAAAUAUGUCUCACUGUUUGCUGGAGGGAAUAACCCAGAUAUUUUGGAGAAGAGGAAUAAGUGGCGUAAACAGAUCAAAGAUAAUCUUAUGGCUGCUGCAGAAAAUGGAAAAGACUUGGAAGAGACAGCAAGCGAUGACGAUACCUUGGAUGUGAGUGAUGACGACUUCUUCAUGUCUGGGAGUUCUAGUGAUGAAGAGGCCGAUGAUGAAUGGACUGACAAAAGUGCGAAAGAACAAGCUUCCAGUACUUCAGGUAAGGCAGCAUCUGGCAUGUCAAGUGACGAAAAGAAUCAGCGGCAGAGAGAUGCUCGAGUUCUUAUGCCUCCACCUCGUUCAUUAGCACCGAACAAAACUAGACCGGUGGUGAAACACAUGUUAUCCAGCUCUAGCAAUACUUCAAAUAGCACAAGUGUUGGCUCUUUCAAAAAUAGGAGAGCUACAAACCAGCCUGGAGAUCAUAACAGCAAUCUGAGUUCGAAUUCUGAUGCUCACAAACCACGUCGGAAAAGGAGACACAGGAAGAAAAAGAAGCUGGCAUGAAUAUUCUGGAGCGUGAGGUGGAAGCUGAUUUUAUUCCCGCACCAAAGUGUCCUAAGGCUGGUUACUAUCAAAAGAAUGGCCAGCAGUGUGCCUGGGGAAGUUGCUGAUCUUGUGCGCCCUCUCUCGGACUGUCGGUGUAAAAUGAAUCUCCCAUCGCUCUUCACUCAUUUGUUUUACAGUAACACAAUCUGUCUGAAAAGUGCCGAUUAACUGAAUGUAUGCUAGUCUUCACCAUGAAGCUGAGCUCUUUUUUUCAUGACACACCCAUCAAUCAAUUCACAGUACCUGAAAGCUGUAAUUGUGGUGUUAGGGACAGCUCCAUGAAUUCAGAAUUUCGGUACAUACUGAUUCUUGUCGGAGGGCAAAUGCCAAUGCUUUUAUCAUUGCUAGGC